CGCUCGUCUGGGCAAGCCCGGGUCCGUCCGGGACCUCGGCCCCGUUCUCCCCCGGACCCGAGAGGCUGCUGCACCGGCUGCCGCUCCAGAUGCUGCUGCUGCCGCCGCGGCCGCCCCACCCUCGGUCCUCCUCUCCGGAGGUCAUGGACCCGCCGCCUCCCAAGACUCCCCCCUUUCCCAAGGCGGAAGGCCCCUCCCCCACUUCUUCCUCGGUGGCGGGGCCGCGGCCACCGCGGCUGGGCCGCCAUCUGCUCAUCGACGCCAACGGGGUCCCCUACACGUACACGGUGCAGCUGGAGGAGGAACCUCGGGGCCCGCCGCAGCGCGAGGCGACCCCGGGAGAGCCAGGUCCUCGCAAGGGCUACAGCUGCCCAGAGUGCGCUCGUGUCUUUGCCAGCCCUCUGCGGCUGCAGAGCCACCGUGUGUCGCACUCGGACCUCAAGCCCUUUACUUGUGGUGCUUGUGGCAAAGCUUUCAAGCGCUCCAGCCACCUGUCGCGGCACCGCGCCACCCACCGUGCGCGCGCUGGUCCACCUCACACCUGCCCGCUCUGUCCACGCCGCUUCCAGGACGCCGCGGAGCUGGCGCAGCACGUGCGCCUGCACUGAGCUAGGCCCUGCCCUCUCCGGAUCACCACGUCUGUCCCACACAGCGUCACUCCCACACGUACCCCAGUUCUGCUGAGGUUACUGCCUUACCCUAGGCCUCAGUUUCCCCACCCAUCCCCAAAGAGAAACAUCAUUUCGUCUUUUCUCCCGUCUAGCUGUGUGAUGUAGACCAAAGUUAUUGCCCCUCUGGGCCUGGGUGUCAGUUGGAACUGGGCUUCGGUCCGGCUGUGCUGUGUAAGCCUUUGCAAAUACUACGACCUCUCCUGAGUCUUGGUCUUCUAGUCUUCCCAAGUAGUAAGGUCUUCGUGGAAGACACGGCAAAAGCACCAGCACGGUCCGGAUCACCUCUGUACUUCCCUCUAAUUCCCACGAUCCCUCAUUCUUUGCCCAAUAAACAUUCCGCACUUCA